GUCAGGCCCCGCCCUCCUCAGGAAUUGGGUUGCCCCGCCCCAAGGCUUGCACUGCCCCUCCUGCUCUGCUCACCCCCACUUCCCGGCCAGGAGAACCUUGGCUAAAUUUGGUAAACUGCCUGGCUGACCAAUCGACAGGUGAGGCUGAAGGCGAUUGGCCCUGGGCAGGGCUGCCUCUCCUGUUGCCCAAUCGGAUGGGCCGGGGGGGCCCUGCCGGGCUGGUGGGGUACAAAUGGGGCCAGGUGGGUGGUGGGGCAGCUUUUGCCAUCUGCUCAGACCGGAGGGGGAUACGGAGGUUCUGUUCUGUGGGUGGCUCUGGGGUGACACCUGCCAACAUGGUAAGCAUGACGGACCAGCAGGCUGAGGCCCGCUCCUACCUCAGUGAGGAAAUGAUUGCGGAGUUCAAGGCCGCCUUUGACAUGUUCGAUGCCGACGGGGGUGGCGACAUCAGCACCAAGGAGUUGGGGACGGUCAUGAGGAUGCUGGGACAGACGCCCACCAAGGAGGAGCUGGAUGCCAUCAUAGAGGAGGUGGACGAGGAUGGCAGCGGAACCAUUGACUUCGAGGAGUUCUUGGUGAUGAUGGUGAGGCAGAUGAAGGAGGACGCCAAGGGCAAGUCGGAGGAGGAGCUGGCCGAAUGCUUCCGCAUCUUUGACAGGAAUGCCGAUGGGUUCCUGGAUGCUGAGGAGCUGGUGGAGAUCUUCCAGCUCUCUGGGGAGAGGGUCACAGAGGAGGAGAUCCAGGAGCUGAUGAGGGACGGAGACAAAAACAAUGAUGGGCGGAUCGAUUUUGAUGAGUUCCUCAAGAUGAUGGAGGGUGUGCAGUAAAGCAUCAAGACAUUCCUGCAAGACCGGACGGAGGGAGGGGGCAGCUCCCCCCCGCCCCGUGCAGCUCCCAAGGCCCAUGCUCCUGCGCCAGCUUGCUCUGCACAGCUCAGAGACGCCUCUUCAGCAGAACUCUGGAUCCCAUCGCCCCCCGCUGUGAAAGCCUGUUUUUAACACUGACACCUCAAUAAAGAGCAAGGGACUGUGGAA